AUGAAGCGUUCGCGAGAGCCCGAACAGGAUAUAAACCCUGCAUCCCCCAUCAAUUCCGACGCAGACAUGUCUCCCUCUGGUCCUCAGCACACUGCCAAAUACACAGAACUCGACCCGGUCGUGGUAGACUCUGACAACGACAGCAGCUCGCCGUUUCCUGCAGUACACAUACUCUGCUCCUUACCGCCUCACGCCGAGAUGGCCUUUGACUCCUACACCGCAUACGAGACACACUACAGCAGCUUCCACACAAAUCGCUGCAUGGCAUGCCGCAGAAACUUUCCCAGCCAGCACCUUCUCGGCGUCCACAUUGAAGAGACCCAUGAUCCCAUCGUUAAAGUGAAGCGGGAGCAGGGCGCCCAUACUUACUCUUGCUUCGUCGAGGGCUGCGAAAGAAAAUGCCUGACCCACCAGAAGCGCCGGAUGCACAUGAUUGACAAGCACAUGUAUCCGAAGAAUUUCUUCUUUGCCGUGACGCGGGAGGGCAUCGACGGGCGUAGGUCUAUGCUCGUGGAUGGCGGUGCCGGUGCCGGAGGCAGUAGACACCAGCGACGCCGCUCCUCUACGGCGUCGCUGACCAAAGAGGCGAGGCGGCGAGCGACCACGCUGGAAAGACAGGCUGCGGGCGCGGGAGAGCAGGCUUCUUCCCCCGAACAUGAGGCGGACAACGUGGGCCAGAGGCAGGCCACCCAGGCACCCACCGUCGAUGAUGAUGUUGACGCUAUUACCGACAGCAUGGCAUCGAUGCGGUUUGUUCCCGGGGCUAUCAGGUUUGGCAACAGAAACCGACAAGGUUUUGCCAAGCGAUGA